CGACAGGCACCGAGCUGCGGGGAGUGUCCCGGCUCUCCAGCACUCCCAGGUAGUUAAGCAAAACAGUAAUUAGAGCUGUGUGGGUUCCAUGAAGUAGCAGAGGUAGCUGUCAGGCGGCGCGAUGCUGUCAUGCCUUUUCCCGGGGCUCAAUGAAAGGUAUGUGAAACCUCUCCCUGCUUCUCCUUCUCUGAUCCUACUUGCAGAUUCAUCUCUUCUGAAUAAAUGAAGAAAGUGACUAUGAAAGCACAGCAUCUACCUUCUGUUUUCAUCAAUGAGGAGAAUUUCAUAACCAGAGAGCAGCUCAGUUCUCUUCUGAAGACUUACAACUCCUAUUAUUCUGAUCAAGAAAAUCUGCAGCUGUCACACAAUCAGUGUGGAGGCACACCAUUUAUUGAAGGAAUCUUGUCAAUAUUUUGGGGAGUACGACAUCCUAUCCGACUGAAAGUUCAAGAUGAGAAGCAGAUACCCUCUUUUGUUACCCUGAAGUCAACAGAGAGUGGGGGUUUGUUUUCUAAUAAAAGGGGAAUGACACGCUGGGGAGAGUUUGAUGACCUGCAUCAUAUUAGUGGGGACACACUGAAAUCUACUGAAGAAAAGCCAGACCUUGAGGAAGGUUACUCGUGUCACGAAAGGCAGUCCGGGCAGGGCAGGAGUGGUGAGGAGCAGGACUGUGCCACCCUGCCCCGGGCCGGCAGCACCGCACUCAGGAGGAACAAGCUGCCCCCCCCGGCCAGGACAGGGCUGGAAACGCACCGCUUCUCCAUCAAUGGACACUUCUACAACUACGAGACAUCAGUUUUUACUCCAGCGUUUGGAUCAGAAACCAAAAUAAGGAUCAACAGCCAGAUGAGAACAAGACAAGUAAUAGAACAAUUGCUUCGGAAGUUUAAGAUAGAAAACAGCCCCCAGGAAUUUGCACUUUACAUUCUCCAUGCAUCUGGAGAAAAGAAGCAGCUGAGGAGUGGAGAUGUUCCCUUACUGCACAGGCUCUUGCAGGGGCCCUCGGAGAAGAUUGCCAGGUUUUUCCUCAUGGACAGGGACGUGGAGGAGAUCAGCAGUGAUGUUGCUCAGUAUAUUCAGUUUCAUCUCCCCUUUUUGGAGUCAAUUCUGCACAGAAUAAAUGAAGAAGAGGAACAGGAGAUUCAACAGACCAUUGCAAGGUACCUGAAAGAGAAGAAUAUGAUUUGCCAGCACCUUCAUAGCAGAACUGUUAAAAAAACGGAGACCACGGUUUGAUGGGCAGGGCCUGCUGCUGCCUCUCCCUGCCCUGGCUCAGAGCAAAACCAGCACAGGGGGCACCCGAGUGCCAAAGCUUCUCCUCACCAUGCAGCUCAACUGAUCCCACGGCUCCACAGCUCUGGAGUAGAAGCUGGGAAGCACUGAAGCCAAUCCACUAGAUGCUCCAAACACAGAUGCUCAAGCUAAGGAAAAAAAUCCUGUGAAAAGCACAAGGCCUCACAACCUGCUCAUUUACAAACCAUUGCCAGAAGUCUAGCAUAGAGGGAAAAUAUUGCAAUAACCAAUGUGUUAAUGGUACAGAAAAUAUGAAAAUGAAGUAUAUGGUUUUCCUUUUACUAGAGAAAUGUUAAAUUACACUAGGAGGAAGCUUAAGCUUUUCAAUAGAGAGAAGUGGCAGAAGUUAUUUAUGUAUCUAGGAUUGCUCUUGGGCUUUUUACUUACACAAACCAAACCUGUGCAGCAGAGACCUGAAAUCCCUCCAAUGGGCAGGAGCCUGACUUGCUGAAGCUUUGAGUUAUAUAAUUAGAAAAAAUAGAAAUGGAAACCUUCCCACCUCAGCUCUUCACCCUAAGAGGGAGUUUCUCUCUGAAUCCCUCUUGAACUGCAAAGUUGGGACUCACACUGAAUGUGUUGCCUGCUGGUCCUGGGAAGCACCUCAGAUGUGAUGGAGGUGAAACAAAUGAUUGUGUCACCUGCUGUGGUUUGUGUUUGAGGGUGAAAGGAGAAGUGUUUGGUGAGAGGCUGAGCAUCCCAGUCCUCCCCAGGGGCAGUGUUGGGACAGCCUGGCUCCAGCCACAUGUAGUCACUGGGCCCCAUCUGGGUGCUGAAUGUUAGUGCUCAGAUUGUGAAUAUGUAAAUAAAGUCCCAUUUGUGCACAA